GGCAACACACAGUCGCAGCAGCCGCGCCAUGAAGCUGCUGGUCAUUGCCGCACUGCUGGCGGUGGGAGCCGCCGACCUGUUGCCCGGCGACCCGCGCCACCACGGCGGACACCACGGCGGACAUCACGGCGGACAUCACGGCGGACACCACGGCGGAAACCACAGCGGAAACCACGGCUCGCACGGCAGUCAGAACGACCACGCUGCCCAUGAUUCGCACUCAGUGACCGAGGAAGUGAAGACUCCCCAGCCCGAAUACAAAGAGCCCGAGCCCGCCUACGGAGCACCUGCGCCCGCCUAUAAGGUCCCUGAGCCCGCUUAUGGAGUUCCUGAGCCCGCCUACAAGGCCCCUGAAUCCGCCUACGGAGUGCCUGAGCCCGCCUACAAGGCUCCUGAACCCAACUAUGGAGCCCCUGCACCCGCCUAUAAGGCCCCUGAGCCCGCCUACGGAGCACCUGAGGCAGAAUAUGGAGCGCCUGAGCCCGCCUACAAGGCCCCUGAACCCGCCUACGGAGAAGCGCCUGAGCCCGCCUACAGGGCUCCUGAACCCGACUAUGGAGCCCCUGCACCCGCCUACGGAGCACCUGAGGCAGAAUAUGGAGCGCCCGAGCCUGCCUAUAAGGCCCCUGAGCCCGCAUAUGGAGCGCCUGAACCCGUUUACGGAGCUCCUGCGCCCACCUAUAAGGUCCCUGAGCCCGCUUACGCAGUUCCUGAGCCCGCCUACAAGGCCCCUGAACCCGCCUACGGAGCACCUGAGGCUGAAUAUGGAGCACCUGAGCCGCCCGCCUAUAAGGCCCCUGAGCCCGCCUACGGAGCACCUGAGGCCGAAUAUGGAGCGCCUGAACCUGCCUACAAGGCCCCUGAACAGGCCUACGGAGCGCCUGAGCCCGCCUACAAGGCUCCUGAACCCAACUAUGGAGCCCCUUCGCCCGCCUACGGAACACCUGACGAGGAGUAUGGAGCGCCUGAGCCCGCCUACAAAGCCCCUCAACCCGCCUACGGAGCGCCUGAACCCGCCUACAAAGCACCUGAAGCAGAAUAUGGAGCACCUGAGCCUGCCUACAAGGUCCCUGAACCUGCCUACAAAGCUCCUGAACCCGCCUACAAGGCUCCUAAGCCCGUCCACAAGGUUCCUGAACCCGCCUACGAAGCCCCUGAGCCCACCUACGGAGUACCUGAGGCGGAAUAUGGAGCGCCUGAACCCACCUACAAGGCCCCUGAGUCCGCCUACGGAGCGCCUGAACCCGAGUAUAAGGCUCCUGAGCCCACCUACAAGGCUCCUGAGCCCGCCUACAAGGCCCCUGAAUCCGCCUACAAAACCGUUGAAUCUGCUUAUGGAGCACCUGAGCCAGUCUACAAGGCUCCUGAGCCCGCCUACAAGGCACCUAAGCCCGCCUAUGGAGCACCUAGGGCCGAAUAUGGAGCCCCCCAGCAUAUCUAUAAGUCUCCAGGUGCUGCCUACGUUUCUCCCCAGUAUGCAUAUGCUGCUGCUCAGACUGCGUACCAUGCUCCCGUGACUGCCUAUGGAACACCUCAGCCGGCAUAUGGCCCUUCCUACGGUGCUGCUCAGGCCUCCUAUAAGGCUCCUGAACCUGCUUACGGUGCGCCUGGGCCCGCCGCCUAUCAGGCCCCAGAGCCAGCAUACAAGGCUCCUGAGCCCGCUUACGAAGCCCCUGAUGCAGAAUAUGGAGCGCCUGAGUCCGCGUACAAGGCCCCUGAGCCCGCCUACGGAGCGCCUGAGUCCGCGUACAAGGCUCCUGAGCCCGCCUACAAGACCCCUGAGCCCGACUACAAGGCUCCUGAACCUGUCUAUGGAGCCCCUGAGCCCGCCUACAAGGCCCCUGAGCCCGCCUAUAAGGCCCCUGAGCCCACCUACAAGGCCUCUGAGCCUACCUACAAGAAUUCUGGGUCCACCUAUAAGGCCCCUGAGCCAGCUUACAAGGCCCCUGAGACCGCCUACGGUGCGCCUGAGGCCGCCUAUAAGGCACCUGAAACCGCCUACGGAACACCUGAGGCAGAAUAUGGAGCUCCUGAGCCCGCCUACAAGGCACCUCAACCUGCCUACGGAGCCCCUCAGCCCACAUACGGAACCCCCGAUCCUGCCUACAAGACCCCUGAGCCCGCCUACGGAGCACCUGAUGUAGAAUAUGGGGCUCCUGAGCCAGAGUAUGGAGCCCCUGAGCCCGCCUACGGAGCUCCUGAGCCCGCCUACGGUGCGCCUCGGCCUGCCUACCAGCCGGGCAGUUUCCGGGCGCACGGCUCGCUGUUCCAGGCGGCGCGUCCGCUGCCGCCCCUGCCGCCGAAGGGCUCGUCCGCGUCCUACCAGCCGGCGCCGCGGCCCGCCUACCGGCCGCGUGGCAUCAAGGUGAGCAAGCGCGACUCGUCGGCGACCAGCUCGCACACCAGCAUCCGGCUGGGCUCCGGCGGCGUGCGCUCCUGGUGAGGGCGCCCCACGGUCACCGAGGCCCGCCCGAGGGCAAUGGAAGCGAGCGGUCACCUGAGCGCACCUGAGGUCACUCAAGUUACCUGAAGACAGUGGUCGCUGGCUGUCAGCUGAGGUUCACCGGAGCUGGACUUGAAACGAGGCCACUUGGAGCGAGCGGUCGCCAAUGCACGGGGUUAUGGCCUUUUGUCAGGGCUCGGGCGAUGAGUGCUUUACCUAUGUAGUUCGCUCACUUACCCUGAUCCUACUGCGUGUAGUGCUCGUCUUCCGUUAGCCUUUGGCCAGCGCUCUGAAACGCCAUCGGCAACACUGGGGUGCCAGGGCGAGCGAUUUGAUAAUCCGGUUCGUAACCGUGGAUUAUGUUCUGUUUGUGACUGCGUUCGGCACAUUGUGAUUAUGAUGAUAAUGAUGUGAGUUCCCUGUGCGUCUUUUUAUUAUUGUGUGCCUAUGUUUUUAUAAUUUCAUUUGUUGACUACGCCUGACCAUGUCGGUCAAGUUUCCCCGCUAUUUGGGCUUGUUCGCCUCAGGCCUCUGCAAUGAACCACACGGACUACAUACAAGCCUUACAAGCCAAGGUAGAAGCCUUGCUUGACUCUUAUUCUGAUUUUUUUUUUCUUAACCUAAUGUUAAAUAACAACAACCCCUAACGACUGUCCCAAUCGUUGGGGUUAACAGCCCUCUCCAGCCAAAGUGGACUUUAUCUUUCGGAAAUUGUUCCCUGCCAUCUCCUUUUAUCUUUCAUUGGUAAUUGCCGCAUCCUGUUUGCACGUGUCAUUGCUAUACGAUGCCGAUGUCCUUUUAACUGCGGGCCUGAUGAGUGAGCUGCAUUAUUCAUUCCCUACCCCGAUGACAAGUGAAAAUACACCGAAGUCACGAAACUGUUUGACUUUUAUAGGUGCCUAUGCGUAUUUAACCAUUUGAAGGUACGGUAUUGGUUAUCCACUUUUAAGCCCAUGUGUUGCAUUCCUUUUCCUUCUGUAUUAGGGAGUGACUGAUGAAUGGUAUCGGCAAUAUGUGAAUAGUGAGUGUAUGCGACAUUGACGACAUUGUUGUUGUGGGCUUUUCAGUGCCCGGCCGUACGUUAUGAUCGCAUGAGUGUGCAGUGCACAGUGCACACUAAGCGCUGUGUGCUGUAUGAACGAAUAACGAGUUUCUGUCAUUCAAGUAAAAUACGAAUAAAUACUGUGUCAAAGGUUGAA